AUGGCUAUCAGGAAAGCUGCCAGUACAUUCUUCGUUUCCUUUGCAACACUCCAUGAUCGUAUAAGUGGCAAGAUUUCUAUUGACUGUUGUACAGUUGGACGGGACCCGCUUUUGUCUAUGGAAGAAGAAAAGGGAUUGGUGUCACAUAUUGAUGCUAUGGCCAACUUUGGAUAUGGGUACACUCGAGCUGAAGUUACCACUUUAGCUACAGAUCUUGCCAUUCAUCUGGGAAAGAAGUCACAUGACGACAAGCCCCUAUCACUUCAGUGGUUUUACAGUUUCAUGAAGAGAUGGCCUGACCUACGUGUGAAGAAACCACGUUCACUAGAACUACAGCGGGCGAAAGCAACAUCUGAAGAAACUGUAACACGUUACUUCGAUGAGCUUGGACACAUAAUGAAUAAAUAUAACUUGAAGAACAGCCCUCAUCGUAUCUACAAUGUUGACGAGAAAGGUCUUGUCGAGAACCACUCUCCUCCAUCAGUCAUUUCAUCCAGCCAGUCUACACCAGUUGCAGUUGUAUCCCCUCGAUCAAGUACAACAACCGUUAUUGGUUGCGGAAGUGCUUCUGGACAAUGCAUUCCACCAUACUUUGUCUUCAAGGGGCAACGGAUGCGCGAUGAACUGAUGACAGGAUGUACACCUGGAUCAACCGGCACUGUUAGUGAUUCUGGUUGGUCAAACAGCGAGAUUUUCCAGCAGUACCUACAGGACCAUUUCUUGAAACAUGCUGUCGCGGCAUCUGCUGAUUAUCCACUACUUGUACUGUAUGAUGGCCAUAAGUCACACGUAUCUCUUCCUCUGAUCAACUGGGCACGUGAUAAUCACAUAAUCCUGUUUGUAUUGCCGGCACAUACAUCCCAUGUAUUACAACCUAUGGAUGUUGGCUGCUUCGGACCCUUUGCCAAGAUUUAUAACAAUCUACGCCACAAACAUAUGCGGGACCAUGCAUCAAGCUCUGUUGACAAGCAUUCUGUGUGUGAACUGGGUUGUAGAGCAUAUAAUCUCGCACUAACACCAGCAAACUUGCAGUCUUCAUUUAGGAAGUGUGGUAUAUAUCCCUUUGACAAAUCGGCGACAGCUACGAUCAACUUUGCGCAGUCUACUGUUUUCAAGUCGCCAGUUAGUGAUUCUAGGAUGUCUCCCAAUGAAGUCAGUGGAAUCAACAAGCAGGGAUCUAGGUCACGUGAUGAGACAACUGCAGAGGAAUUCUUCAAAGACAAAGAAAAUGUACUCUCAAAGAAAUCUGUGCCAACUAAAAAAAGAAAAGUUCUGAGUGCCGUGGUCGGGGGAAAGGCGAUUACAGAAGACAGCGUUUUGGAAAAGAUCAUUUCCCACAAAUCUGAUAAGCCUGCACCAAAGAAGAGGGUCGGCAUUUCCAAAACUAAAACCAGUGCUAAGAAGUCUGCUCGGAAAUCUACUGAUGUCACGAAUUCUCAAAAGCCAAGCACUUCGGGUGUUACUUCACGAGUGUAUCAUGACGACUCCGAUAGUUCAUUGGACAAUGACAUCAAUAAGGAAAAGUUGGAAAAUUGGUAA